UGGCCACUGACUCUCCACCAGACCAGGGCGACCAGAAACCCCGUUCUUCUCUGCAAACCAGGUCCAGCCUCCUCUGAAGCAUGAGUUCCCACCAGCAGAAGCAGACAGUCACCCCACCACCCCAGCUUCAGCAGCAGCAGGUGAAACAGCCCUGCCAGCCUCCUCCCCAGGAACCAUGUGUCCCCAAAACCAAGGAGCCGUGCCACACCAAGGUGCCAGAGCCAUGCCACCCCAAGGUUCCUGAGCCGUGCCACCCCAAGAUUCCUGAGCCAUGUCCCACCAAGGUUCCUGAGCCAUGUCCCACCAAGGUUCCUGAGCCAUGUCACCCCAAGGUUCCAGAGCCAUGUCCCACCAAGUUUCCAGAGCCGUGUCACCCCAAGGUUCCAGAGCCAUGUCCCCCAACGAUCACCCCAGCGCCAAUUCAGCAGACCAAGCAGAAGUAAUGUGGUCCACGGCCAAGCCCUGGAGGAGCCGACCACUGGAUGCUGAACCCCCUCUCCCACUGUUUAUUCAUCCUACCUGUAAUUAGCAUGCUGUCACCCUGAGUUGGAACCCCUCCCUCUUUGUACCCUCUAAAAAGAUGUCCCUCACACUCAGUCUGGAGGGCUUCUGAGCCCAUGCCUAAGGCUGAAGGUCUCACUGGUUGAGCUAGCCUUCUAGCUGCUCGGGGCUUAUUGGGAGAGUGAUUGGGGGUGGGCGGGGGUGGUCAAGUGACUGUUCCCAGCUCUGUUUCCAUUAAAUAAUUUUUA